AUGACCUCCACCAUGGCCUGGACCCCUCUCCUCACCCUCAUUGUUCUCUGCACAGGAUCCUGGGCCCAGUCUGUGCUGACUCAGCAGGCCUCAGUGUCUGGGAAUCUGGGCCAGAGGGUCACCAUCUCCUGCACUGGAAGCAGCUCCGACAUCAGUGAUUAUGAUGUGCACUGGUACCAACAGCUCCCGGGAAUGGCCCCCAAACUCAUCAUCUAUGAUAACAGCAAACAGCCAUCUGGGGUCCCAGAAGGAUUCUCUGGCUCCAAGUCUGGCAACUCGGCCACCCUGACCAUCACUGGGCUCAAGUCUGAGGACGACGCUGAUUAUUACUGUGAGUGCUAUGAUGACAGCCUGAGUGCUCACACAGUGCUCCAGGCCUGUGGGGAAGUGAGACAGAAACCUGCUUCCCCCCCAGCCAUGGGGCUUCCCUGUGCAGCCCCCACUCCUUGGCCAUGUCAGCUGCUUCCUUGGUUUCUUUGGCCCCAAACUUUCUAUGACUCAAUCCAGGAUGCUUUGUUUAGAGACUGUGUCCUCGUCCUCUCCCAUUCUUCCCCCACUGCCUGUGUCUGGUUUGAACACAUUAUUGAUUUUCUCAAAUCGAGCAGACAUUCCUGGAUGUGGAGGCAGGCGGCGCUGGCCACAGCAUCCAUGCAGUGUGUUAGUCCGGCAGGGCUGCCACAGCGAAAAAACACAGAUGAGUUGGCUUAACCCAAAGAAAGGUAUUUUCUCACAGUUCUACGGGCUGGAAGUCCAAGAUCAAGGUGCUGGCAGGUUUGUUUUUUCCUGAGGCCACCCUCCUUGGCCCACAGAUGUGUACAUUCUUACUGUCUCCUCACAUGGCUUUUUCUCUGUGUACUUACCCCUGGUUUCUCUUCCUCUUUUUAGAAAGACACCAGCCCUACUUGCUUAGGAGAACCCCCCAUGAACUCUUUUACCUUAAUUACCUCCUUUAAUGCCUUAUAUC